ACGAUUUUAGUCGGCCACCGAGUACCUUCUUUUCUUUUUUAUUUCUGUAUCCUUCCGUGGACCAAAAAUUAAUCCUCGUGUUAAUUCGAUGUACGAAGAAAAUACGUUUUACUAAUAGCAACGUUCAAACUCUUAUAUUUUUCAAUCCAUUUAUCGUUCAUCAAGUUUUUACAACUUCGAAGCAUCGAAUGAAUCUUUGUUCGCGAGCAGCCCUUUUCGAGAAAAAUAAUACGAUUUCAACUCGGACAUUAUUUUCUCGGCAAACGCUCUGAACUUGCAACAAAGUUCGAGCUCUCUUACCAAACUGUUUUUCACACUGGGCUCAUUUUCUUCUCGCACCUGACAGAGCGCCAAGCUUUGUUAUUUUGCCCAACGAUGGAAAAUAUAAACUCAACAAAUGUACCAUUGUCACCGCCAGCCUCGCCCCAUCUAAAACAACUUCCCGUCGAACCGUUGCAGUCUUCUUUCAGCGUCGCAUCGCUUCUCGGUGAUAAAUUAUUCGAGAAAAACGUCGACGCCGGUAAUGAGUGCACGAAAAACGACGUUAUUAAUGGAAACGCGAGACCCGCUUUACCGCCGACUCCUCAACCGUCCGACGAGGAGGAGGACGAUCAUCCACCCCGCAAACGGUUUCGUUCGGAAACGUGCGAACUGGCCAAGUUGCUGUUGGACGGUACGCCACCGCCUAGUCCGGAGCCGGCGGUAUUGGCGGCCAGACCGUCGGUGAUAAUGCGAGGGAAUCGCGACGGGACCUGGAGUCCGGCGAACAUAACGAGCGAUUUGGUGGUUUCGAAGAGGGAAGAUUCCCCGAAGUCGCUGCAAGGAGGAAAGAGUAGAGAAGCUCGUGUUCCGGUGAGCGCGAAGAAGGCGGUCGAGCCGGAGAACGUGUUGAAAAGUUUGAAGUUCAAAAUGAGUCUGAGAAAAGAGGAAAUAAUAGUGAACAACAAGAAUACCGAUCGCGAAUCGAUCGCGUCGUCGGGGGUGACGAAAUUGCAGCCUUUAGCACCGAAACCAGCGCCGAUCACGAUGGUCACGGGUCUGAUCGGCUCGUCGAUCGUCCUGCCGCGAGGUUCGCCGCUCCUUCUCGUCGCAGCAUCUUCCCCAUCGGGCUCAACGUCGUCUUCGUCUUCGUCCAGUCCAUGCCCGGGCUCGGCGUGCCCAAAAGCGAUAAAAAGCGUCUCGAGCCUCGGGCCGGAAGCCUGUCAACGUCGGCGCGUCUACGAGUGCGAGUAUCCAGGCUGCGGAAAGAAUUAUUUCAAGUCGUCACAUCUGAAGGCUCACACGCGCACGCACACCGGCGAACGACCUUUUCCGUGUCCUUACGAGGACUGCGGAAGGAAAUUUUCACGCAGCGACGAACUCUCCCGUCACAAGAGGACUCACACCGGCGAAAAAAAAUUCGCCUGCUCUGUCUGCCAACGGAGAUUCAUGCGGAGCGACCACCUCGCCAAACACGUCAAACGUCAUGGGCGCGAUCGGAACGCAAACGCUCAGAACAACGUCCCAAACGUGGCGCCUCUCCGAGUCAAUCUGCUUCCGGUUAUCGCACCGAGGAUCUCGCCGCAACGUUACACCUCGCAAUUAUUGCCACCCCAACUGGCAGCCUGAACAGCUCGCAUCCAGCGACCCUUCGUCGCUCUUAUUCUCAGUCGUCGCACAUACUCUGCGCGAGAUACCAAACGCCCGAGAGUCUUCUCGCUCGAGUCCUCUGGACUUUGACGCUCUUCGCUCGAACGCUUUAUUUCUUCGUCCUCCGAGGCAGGCUGGCACCCUUGCUUCUCCACCUUUUCUACUUCGCAUCGAGAAACGAGAAGAUACUAACGCUGUGGAAGCUUCGAACAUUCUCCGGAAGGCUUCCUCUUCGUGGGAGGAACGAGAUGAGAGAUCGUGAGAACUCGAGAUUCCUCGCGACUAUUCCUGCCACGAGAACCAGCAAGUAUUGUCACUCUCUCGAAUCAUGCUCGUUUCCCUCUCAACGCGCUCGCGGAAAAAUCUGAUUUUUCCAACCCUUCGAUCUUGGCAGUUCCAGGAACGAUAAAAAAGCACAAAUUCAAUAAUAUUUUUUAUCGUUUCUGAGACGAAAUGCAACGAGUCCCCACUCCUGGACGUGGCUCCUCGUCGCCUCCGCGAAAAGGCCUUCGUCGAUUCUUCUAGUCGCGACUAAGCUCGACCGAAAAGUCGGUAUUUUGCCUGUAAGAAUAAAAAAUAAAACUAUGUUUGAAAAUACGUUUUGAUGAAUUUUCAGAGAAUUAUUAAAAACUCGAUUGAUCCUGAGAAUAUAAAUCAAAAUGAAACGAGUUACAAGUGUACCUAAGUCAAUCUGUGAUACUGUGAUUCUGCGUUAUCAAUCGCGUUAUCCAGAUAAAAAGAAAUAUAUAUUUAUUCACCUUCUUUAACAACCUUGAAUCAUAAAGAAGCCAAAAUAAAACGAUGUAAAUACUAAUUAUUCUGAUAACGUUCAUUAGUCGUGUAAUAUUCUCUUCCACGUGGAUGUCUCAUUUUUUAUAAAACAUCAAAAAAUACAAAAAUAACGAGACAUCGUUCACCAUGUUUUAUAAUAAAAUGUGCAAAUUGUGUACAACGACAAGGAGCCAAAAGCUGAAUAAAAGCUUGAUAUACUUUCGUUAAA